AUGGUCUCCACGCGACAUCAUCCCCGCGACUUUCCCUCGCCGGAGAAAGCUGCCAAAGAGCUCGUCAAGUCGUCCCCUGCGCCAACCACCAACGGCACUGCGCGCAAAUGGGUUCAUACUCCAUCUGCUGCGCUAACAAUUUGGCUCGUCGUCUCCGUUCCUCUAGUCAUAUGGGAUGCGACUUAUGUACUCUUGCGACCGCAUAGUAUGCCGGGAGGUCGCCUGCACUCGCCCAUCUGGACCCUCUAUGCGCUAUACGGGACUGUCGAUUACCUUUAUGGUUGGCCCGCGUACAAUGCGCGUAAUGGUUUCACUGCCGCGCAGACCGUGAUGAACGUGGUCGAGACCCUGGGCUACUUGUAUUACCUAUGGAUUGUGUACCGACACGGUGCCACGGUCGUUACUGGUCGCGGCGGCAAGAAGGUCAAGAAGGGCUUCGUGUGGCUUCUGACUGGUGAGAAGGUGGUUGCUGGACGAACUGGUGCAAUCGCACUCCUGGUUGCUUUCACCGCGUCGGUCAUGACUCUGAGCAAGACUAUCCUCUACUGGCUGAAUGAGUUCUUCUCGGGCUUUGAAAAUAUCGGCCACAAUGACGCUGCCACUCUUAUCAUUCUGUGGAUUAUUCCCAACGGCCUGUGGAUUGUUUUCCCUGCCUACAGUAUUUCCAUUCUCGGCGAAGAGAUCCUGAAUGCCCUGGAGCAGGUCCCGCCGCGCCGACCAGGCCGCCCAAAGUCCUCAUAA